AUCGGAUCACACCACUGACGCGCAGAGACAUUACGAAGAGAGCGCGUGCAAUGGCGGAUCAGGCUAACACAAUAGAGGUUCCCACUGACGCUGAGCUGCUGCAAGCGCAGGCCGAUCUGUGGCGCCACAGCCUCUACUACCUCACCUCCACGGGACUCCGCUGCGCCAUCAAGCUGGGCAUCCCCACCGCCAUCCACCGCCUCGGCGGCGCCGCGUCCGUGCCCGGUCUCAUGACCAAGCUGUCCCUCCCGGCGAGUAAGCAGCCGUUCCUCCGCCGCCUCAUGCGCGUCCUCGUCACGAACGGCGUGUUCGCCGCAGAGCACAACGACGGCGAGGUCGAGCGGUACUGCCUCACCCCGCUGUCCCGCAUCCUCGUCGAUGGCGUCGUCGCCGACGAGCACCACAGCCAGACGUCCUUCGUGCUCGCCGCGACGUCGCGGCACUACCUCGAGGCGGCGCUGGGGCUGGACGAGUGGUUCAGGAAGGACGUGGCGCCGCCGCUCCCGUCCCCGUUCGAGGACGUGCACGGCGCGUCGCUGUUCGACGAGAGCACUGCGCUGCUGGACCCGGAGCUCGACGCCGUCGUCAACGAAGGCCUGGCGGCGCACGACAACCUCGGCAUCGGCACCAUCCUGAGGGAGUGCCGCGACCUCUUCCGGGGGCUCCGUUCGCUGACCGACUGCUGCGGCGGCGACGGCACGACGGCGAGGGCCAUCGCCAAGGCCUACCCUCAUGUCAAGUGCACUGUGCUGGACCUUCCCAAGGUGAUCGACAAGGCGCCCAAUGAUGGUGUCGUUAACUAUGUUGCAGGUGACUUGUUCCACACCGUGCCACCGGCUCAAGCCGUGAUGCUCAAGCUUGUAUUGCACCACUGGAGCGAUGAUGAUUGCGUGAAGAUCUUGACUCAGUGCAGAAAGGCCAUUCCAUCACGAGAGGAGGGAGGGAAGGUCAUCAUCAUAGAGAUACUGGUUGGACCUUCACUAGGACCAGUAAUGUUUGAAGCCCAGCUGAUGAUGGAUAUGCUGAUGUUGGUCAAUACAAGAGGCCGGCAGCGAGAUGAAAGGGAUUGGCGAGAUCUGUUCUUGAAAGCAGGAUUCAAUGACUAUAAGAUUGUGAAGAUGCUUGGAGCUCGAGGAGUUUUCGAGGUCUAUCCCUAAGAUUGAGCUACCUAGCUCCUAAAUGAUCUUAUGUGUAAUGUGUGCUUCGUGUUGGGAUGUGUGCCGUAAGAAGGUAAAUAAAGAGAGUGCCCUACUAUCUGUAAGGAAGUUCCAUGCCCGACAUAAAAUUACCUAAAGUUUUUGACUUUGGGUACUAUACAAUGUUUGGUCAACAUCUAUUGCAGAAAAUACUGAAUUGCGCUCCAGAUAUCGAUCGAUCGGUGUUUUUCUGUGUACCAUGACUGUACAUAGAUGCUUCAACAAGGCCAUGUUUGGUGCUUGUUUUGUUGUACCUGGAUGUAUUAUGAUAUGAAUAACACAUUGUUCUUGCA